GCUCGCGAUCGAUAGGAGACGUUUUCUAGCAUCACAUUUUUCAGAUGGACCCCGCCCGGCCGGAAGCCAACCUGCACGAUCUUCGUUUGCGUGCUACACAAACAUUGCAGCUCAUCGGACUAGUUGAGGUAAACCGUGCUUUGUACGAUACUUCCGACAAGAACUACAAUCGAAAGAAAACCAAAUCGGUUGCUUGGAAAGGGAUCACGGCUGCCGUGUUGGACAUUAAACCGGAGGAAGUAACUCGGCUCCAAUCGCUGCAAAUACAGCAUAAGUGGAAAAGUUUGCGGACCGCCUACGUUCGGCAGAGAAGACUGGCCAAUCCGUUGGCACCCUACCGGUAUGCGGAUUUGAUGAGUUUUCUCGAUCCGUUCCUGCGUCGGGAUGAAUCUGCGGUGCUAGAACCGAGUGGAUUCUCGGCUCCUUUCGAACUCGAUCUGAAUGGAGAUGUAACUACCGAAGUCGCACCAGCAACUAUCAAGGAAAACUGCAUCGAUUUUUUCGACCCUAUUGAGGAGGACUUUAACUAUGACGUUCAGAUGCUCUCGAAGCAGUCGCCGGACGAACUGACAGCGCCACUGUCCUCAGCUGUUUCUACAAACUCGGAAUCUGUCGAGAGUGCCACAGUCGUGGGCGCCGUGCCAGUAGACAGUCACGAUGUAGUAGAUGAACUGGAAAUGUUUUUCUCGCAAAUUACACGAACGAUACGCAAGUUUUCAACGCGGAAAACCAUUGAGCUGAAAAUGCAAAUUUUUAAUCUCGUAUCACAGGCGGAGUUAGAUGAAUUAGAUGCAACGAAUAAGUAGUAGGCGAAUAACGUCUUGCCUGGUAUCAACAUUGCUAGUCGAUUUUAAUCUUAAGAUUUAUCCGUACUCUCAAAAGGACUAAACAUUAGUAUGUUUGAACUAUUUGUUAAACGAAUGGCCAGUAUUACUUAUCGUUUCCUAUUAUUCCAUUUAUUUAUUUAUUUAUUAUAUUUACAAUGUGUAUUUCAACAUUCGUUGCACUUACGUAGUGUGAGGAACUUUUUUUUCUAGUUUCCUACCUAGUUUCGUGAAUAGAAAUCAAGCAGGUCCUCUUAGCGUAGUAUCGUGACCUUAUAUUCCAGUAACAUUAAGAAACUACCGUUUUGUAGAUUUGUUUUUUUUUUUUGGUAGAAGUAAAAACACGAGUAAUAAGCAACAGUGCCAACAAAGAAAAAAAAUAGAUUUUUUUUAGAAAAUGGUAAUUCCUAGUCAUAUUGAAAAUAGUCGCAAACCGAAAUGUCAAAGCAGAUCUCCAUUUUUUCUAAGUGUUAUUUUUGGUACGUCCUAAUAAAUAUACCUACUUAAUUUUUUA